UCAAAAUUCUGUGUAAUAUCAUCUCAUCGAAAAAUAAAUUAUUUUAAGUUUAACAUAUGUGCGCUUGAAAAUAAGUUUACUUUAGUAGGAUGAAGUAACGCUAACUAAACAUCGAAUAACCCGAUUCGUCUCUCCUGUCACUUAAUAGCGUUUAUUAACUUAUUUUUUCAUCCGCUGUACUCCUUCGCUCUGUCUUCUAAAUUUCUCAAAAUGUCACAUUUUGUCCAACAAACGCUUGAUUUUCCCGUGACAAACGGAGAACGGCUUCAAAUAAAUUGGAGCUCGUUAAUCGUAAGAAGAGGUCAGUAGUGCAGUUUAGCCACUUGUAUAAGAGCAGCUCGAACAUCAGUAACUCCAUUAAAGUGGAUCAACGUUGCACGGUGUCACGAUGAACGUGGUAGUGAUACCGUUCUUCUUAGCCGCGCAUCUCACUGCCAAUGAGACGUGGACCUAUGGAGCGGAGUACACGUUUCAGGUCCAGGUGAACUGCACCGCAAUUUCGGAGGGAGUCUACGGCAGCGUCCGGCUGAAUUUGGAUUCGAAGCUGAUCUGUCAGCCGCUGAAGACCGGCCACUCGUUGAGCUGUCACUUUGAGGACUCGACGGCGAACAGCUUCGUCGCGGACAGCCUGGACCCCCAGGAGCCGGCGACGCCGACUGGGGAGGUGAACCGGCAGCCGGCUUACGAGAUCAACGAGGAGCAGUUCGAGAUCAAAUUCAACAAACGCGGCCUGGACGGCCUCGUGGUGAACGAGAACAUUCAACCGCGCGAGCUGGACAUGAUCAGGAUGCUCGUGGGCCAGCUGAGCGUGGGCACCACCCUCGACAGCGGGCUUGGCAACGACGUGACCUUCGACGCGAUCGAGAACUUCACCCAGGGCGAGUGUUACACGACCUUCAAGAUCGACAAGAAGCUCGUGGGUCGGUCGCUGUUCGCGAAACCGGGUUACGCGCUCAGGCCGGUCUUCGGCUUGAAGGACGGGAAGCUGAUGCAGAUACGGAAGAUCAGGAAUCUGCGUAUGUGCGCGCACAAGGUGCCCUACUUCUUCGGCAGCGCGGAGACCUUCGGAGAAGAGAGCGAUAUUAUAUCUGAUGUAAGCUUGUCAGAUGGACACAUCAUCGUAACGGCGACAGAAUUCAUAUCUAGUACAUCGAACGUGAUAACGACGAGCAAAGUAACCGAGGCGGUGGUGACGACUCUUUACGAGAACGUAAGGCUCAGGCUCGAGUCAAUCCAAUCCGCGAACAGCGAACCGCCAGUUGUGAAGGAAGCGGAAUCCGCCAGUAUCUUCAUAGCCGCAAAUGUCACCAUCGACGAUCAACAGUCCAGAAGGGCGAUGUACGGCCCGGAAUGCACCUAUGACGUUCUCGUAAAUAUGUCCCUAGCCAACAUCGUCCACGAGAACGAUAACUUCUGUUCCAUGAUUGCCACCGAGCUUAAGUGUCGGCCCAAAGGACACGAUACUCUUAGCUGUCGCUUCCAGAAUUCGCGAAUCAAACGUCCCGAUCCGGAGGACAACAGAUGUUCGAACGCGAAGAAUUUUGUACCCAUGAGGCAUAAAUUCGUGGACGGGGAACCCUUCGAAAUCAGAUUUAAUUCGAGGGGUAUCGAAAAUCUGGUGGUCCACAGAUCGAUUCCCCGAUGGAGACUCGACAUGAUCAAAGUUAUCGUUAGUCAGCUGAACAUCGGGUUUGAACUGCAGGAACAUCGCAACUGGUUCACCAUAAUGGAAAAUUCAACGAUGGGUCACUGCGAGGUCGAUGUUAAAAUUAGCCGCGGAGAUUUCGAUUCUGAGGAGGACGACGAUUCUGCGGAGAUGAGCGAAGAUUUUGAGAUUGAAUAUUUGUCGAACGAUAAAGAUUCUAUAGUCGAAGACCUUCGAGUGGAAAAAACGCGACAUCCAAAGAGGUGUCCGCGAAGAAUCAUUUAUUUUUUCGGAGAUCACGAGGAUUACAGCCGUGGCAAUAGAGAACUUUACAUGGACAUGACUAGUUCCAAGAGUCUCAUUACGAUCUCAAAGGAUUCAUUCGUAUCCUAUACAAUAUCAGAAGGUUUAAUGAAGACGGCGAAUAAAUCGCGAAUUAUGCGACCUCAUCAGAAUAUAAGUUUAAAAUUGAAGCAAAUAGAUUUUGCCCAAUCUGUAAUGCCAGAGAUACAAGAUCCAGCCUCGACAAGUCUAUUUGCCUUUUCACAUCUGGAAGUCAUUCCGGAAGAUAAAUAAAAAAUGUCUCACAUUGAAAAAAAAAUCAAAGAAAUUA